CCUAACGCCCACGCGGGCCAUGUCAAUAGCAUCGUCCGUGUGCAUCUGUCGUGUACAGAACCUCGAGGUAGAUCGCUCUCGCAACAAGGGGGAUACGUCCGGCUUCCCGCAGUCGGUGAGUACUUCUUUCACCUUUUGGACGGCUGGCGUCCUCGUCAUGAUGUUUGAGGCAUUUGGCUUUAGCAAGGGCUACCUUGCAUUGCAGAAAACUAUCUCAGCUACCUUUGGGCUGUCUGCUUUCGCAGGCGUGUCCGCUAUCUCUGAACCCUUUUAUCUUCGUUCGUUGCAAAGCUUUCAGUUUGUGCUGACUUCAGUUUCUUUCAGACCUUGCUUGUGGUGACGGACG